GGUGUCAAUGUAUAUGUCUGUGCGACUUCACCUUCAGUUCAGCCAUCUUUAACAUGUUGGGCUAUGCAGGACGUCGCGCUCUGGGGGCUCUCAGCCCCGGGAUUAACUCCCUCAAGACGGUCAGCACCAACCAUGCAGCUCUUAAUGCGAGCAGGGCUUAUGCAGCGGCUGCUCAGGCUGCACCGGCCCAUGGCCGCAUCGUGGCAGUGAUCGGUGCUGUGGUGGAUGUGCAGUUCGAUGAGGGCCUCCCUCCCAUUCUCAAUGCACUGGAGGUGGCUAACCGGGAGAGCAGGCUGGUGCUGGAGGUGGCCCAGCAUCUGGGUGAAAGCACAGUCAGGACCAUUGCCAUGGAUGGUACUGAAGGUCUGGUUCGAGGUCAGAAGGUUCUGGAUACAGGGGCCCCCAUCAGGAUCCCUGUGGGUCCUGAGACCCUGGGCAGGAUCAUGAAUGUCAUUGGAGAACCCAUCGACGAGAGGGGUCCAAUUACCACCAAACAUACUGCUGCUAUUCAUGCGGAGGCCCCUGAGUUCACGGACAUGAGUGUGGAGCAGGAGAUCCUGGUCACUGGCAUCAAAGUGGUCGAUCUGCUGGCCCCCUACGCCAAGGGUGGAAAGAUCGGUCUGUUUGGCGGUGCUGGUGUGGGCAAGACUGUAUUGAUUAUGGAGCUGAUCAACAACGUGGCCAAAGCUCACGGCGGUUACUCCGUGUUUGCCGGAGUGGGAGAGCGAACCCGUGAGGGAAAUGACCUGUACCAUGAAAUGAUCGAGUCCGGUGUCAUUAACCUCAACGACAACUCCUCAAAGGUAGCGCUGGUGUACGGUCAGAUGAACGAGCCCCCAGGUGCCCGGGCCAGAGUGGCUCUCACUGGUCUCACUGUGGCCGAAUACUUCCGCGAUCAGGAGGGACAGGACGUGCUGCUCUUCAUUGACAACAUCUUCAGAUUUACACAGGCUGGAUCGGAGGUGUCUGCCCUGUUGGGUCGUAUCCCCUCUGCUGUGGGUUACCAGCCCACCCUGGCCACUGACAUGGGUACAAUGCAGGAAAGAAUUACCACCACCAAGAAGGGCUCCAUCACCUCAGUACAGGCCAUCUAUGUGCCGGCCGAUGACUUGACCGAUCCUGCACCUGCCACAACUUUCGCUCACUUGGAUGCGACAACUGUGCUGUCCCGUGCCAUCGCUGAGCUUGGAAUCUAUCCUGCUGUGGACCCUCUGGAUUCGACCUCCCGUAUCAUGGACCCCAACAUCGUCGGGACCGAACACUACGAUAUUGCCCGUGGUGUCCAGAAGAUCCUUCAGGAUUACAAAUCCUUGCAGGACAUCAUUGCUAUCCUGGGAAUGGAUGAACUGUCUGAGGAGGACAAACUGACGGUGUCCCGCGCUCGCAAGAUCCAGCGUUUCUUGUCGCAGCCUUUCCAGGUCGCUGAGGUGUUCACUGGUCACUUGGGCAAGCUGGUGCCUCUCAAGGAAACAAUCAAAGGAUUCCAGAGUAUUCUAGCAGGUGAAUAUGAUGCCCUGCCAGAGCAAGCGUUCUACAUGGUGGGUCCGAUUGAAGAAGUCGUCGAAAAGGCUCAGAGACUGGCAGACGAGCACUCUGCCAAUAAUUGAUUUGUUGGUUUUACGAGAUAAACAUUCGUACAGUAUCACUUCUGGUAGAGGAACUGCUGAAGUGUCAAGUUACAUAUGAUGUGCUGUGGCCCCAUUUCUGUUGAAAUGUGAAGAUUAAAUAAACAUGUGAUGUUAACUUCUGUGAUGGACUUUCAUUGCCAGCAGUUGGUGAGCAAACAUUCUUGGUGAAAAUUAACAUUAGGUUUUCAUUUUUAUUUAAACCAUGUCUCAUUGGUAAGAUGACAACACUUAUAUCAUAGUAAAGGUCAAGUUCUCCAAGGUUUUUGUUCACCUCCUGCCAGCACUUGAAAACAGCUUGGUUAAUUUUAAAAGAGGCACUGGACAACUCACUCUUCCUUUUCCUUUCUUUUUAUUUUCAAUCCACCUAAGUGCACAAUUUUUAUGUUGAUUGUAGAAUUUCCAGUUUUAUUUUUCAGAGGUAUUCAGAGUUUAUUUUUUUUCAGGUUGACACUAUAUAGUAACAAAACAUAAAUUUAAAUGUACAUCAAAAAGAGAAAACAAGCUUGACACUCUUCUAGACAAUAAUAUUCACGCUACUCUUAAUCAAUGUGAGUCAACUUGUCAUUUUCAUUGACUUUUCUUAAUGAGCCGGUGUUUCUCUCUUAAAAUUUAGCCUAUCAUGUGGCGAAGUUUCUUAUUCAGCUCCCUCUCCUGUGUCAGGAGGCUGGCGCUGUGUUCUCUGAAGGCAUCGAAAUCCUGCAAAAAUAAAUUAAAGAAGAAAACA